AUGGAAGGGGGCGUCCUAGAAGAUUUAGCAACUUUAUCUGAGCUGGAUGAAAAAAGUUUACUUGAAUCUCUCAGUCAACGUUUCAAACAAGAUCACAUCUACACAUAUAUUGGGGACAUCUUGGUGGCGAUAAAUCCAUUUAAAUACCUUCCAAUCUAUGAGAAACAGGUGUCGGAGAACUACAAAUGCCACGAGAAACGCUCUCUCCCCCCGCACAUAUUCGCUGUGGCGGACAGAGCCUAUCAGUCCAUGCUGGGACGUUUGGCCACGGGACCACGGAACCAGUGCAUUGUCAUCAGUGGCGAGAGCGGCGCUGGAAAGACUGAAAGCACUAAGCUGCUUCUGCGGCAGAUCAUGGAACUGUGCAGGGCCAACUCGCAGCUGGAACAGCAGAUCCUGCAGCAAGCUCGGAAACUUGAUGCGUUGUCAGAAGAGAACACGGUCAUGAACGACAACAGUAGCCGGUUUGGGAAAUACAUUCAGCUUCGUUUCCAUGGCUCCUCAGUGAAGGGGGCCAAGAUCAACGAGUAUCUCCUGGAGAAGUCUCGGGUCGUCCAUCAGGACGAGGGCGAACGCAACUUCCACGUCUUCUACUGCAUGCUCGCCGGAAUAACGGCCGAGGACCAGGAGAUGUACGGGCUCCUGGACCCUACGCAGUACCGGUAUCUGAAUGGAAGAUAUGGCUCUGAUGAAAUGGUUCAGCACUGGAGUAAGAAGUACAGUGAAGUGUGUAAUGCUAUGGACAUGGUUGGCUUUGAGGAACAGGAAAAAGUGGACAUGAUGACCAUUCUGGCGGGAAUCCUGUCACUGGGCAACAUAACCUUCGAGCCGACGGACACGGAGGCCCUGAAGGUGUCUGAUCAGUCUGUGGGCUGGCUGAAAGCGAGCGCGGGUCAGUUUGGGGUUCAGGAGGACGAGCUGUUCAGGAGCCUAACCUGCACCAUGUCGGUAACGCGAGGAGAGGCCAUCAAGCGUCUCCACAGCCAGCAGCAGGCUGAAGAUGCCAGAGACUCCAUAGCCAAGGUGGUUUAUGGGCGCGUGUUUGGCUGGAUUGUCAGUAAAAUUAAUGAGCUGCUCGCCCCUAAACUUGAUUCUGACGUUGAGCUCAGUGAGAUAGGUAUCCUUGAUAUUUUUGGAUUUGAGAAUUUUGCUGUGAACCGGUUCGAACAGCUGUGUAUUAAUCUGGCCAACGAACAGUUGCAGUUUUUCUUUAAUCAUCAUAUCUUUCUGCUGGAGCAGAGUGAGUACAGAGAGGAGGGGAUCGAAUGGCAAAACAUAACCUUCACGGACAACAAACCUAUCCUGGAUCUCUUCCUCACUAAGCCCAUUGGGAUACUCUCUCUGCUGGAUGAGCAAAGUGCUUUCCCUCAGGCCACUGACAGAGACUUUGUUGACAAGUUGAACAACAAAUUGAAAAGCAGUCCACACUUUGAGGUGGCGCGAAGCCGGAAUCCUCUUUUUACGGUUGUCCACUACGCUGGGAAGGUUCAGUACAAUGGUGCUGGAUUUCUGGAGAAGAACAGAGACACUAUCCCGGCCAACAUCAGAGGACUCUUCAUCAACAGUGUCACACCCUUACUCAGUGUGCUCUUCGCCGCCACAAUUUCCAGGACGGGAACUCUCAUGCCUCGGAAAGCCAAGGUAUGUCAAUAUAACAACAUCCGUUCGAUGUUGUUAUAUUUUGCCGUGAACGGCAGUGUAAUGCUGCACGCUGCGGACGAUAACUUUAACUCAACCAGGAAGCAAUCAGUCGGCGCGCAGUUCAAGCACUCACUAAAAGUCUUAAUGGAGAAGAUGUUUGCCGCCAGCCCUCACUUUGUACGAUGCAUAAAACCCAACACCAGCAAAUUACCGGACCAGCUCGACAGCAAAGUUGUAAUGGACCAGAUGGAACAGUAUUACCAGGUUGUGCUGCAGUGCCACCUCCUGCGUAGCACUGAGUACUGCAGUAAAGUGUGA